CAUGUGGCAGCAUCAGGAUAAUUUGACAACGGACUCCAUGGUAGUCAACAGCAUGGAUUAAGCGUGCUAGUGACGGCUUUCCCGCAAUAGUAUGGGCUGCCCUACUAUCUCUUCCAUCACGAUGCAUCGAGGCGCUGCAGCUUAGCGGGGUGAAAUAUAUACUUCCACGUCGUACCACUACUCCUACUCUCUCAUCACCACGCCUUCUCAACCCUUUCAAAUCAGUCGUCUGCUGUGUCCUCAAACACAGCUUUGUAUUUGCCAUAAUACUUGUUGAUUGUCUAUCUUCGUCCCUUCGUUUCGUCCAUCGUUUAGCGAUAUUCGGAAAAUGCCUAUUGCCCACACUGGUCUCACGGUAGCCCAUCUUCCACAUUCGACAUCGUUUUUUCUAUCUGCCCUUCAGCCCCUUGGAUACCGUUACCAAGGACAACAAGGUCACCAGGUCGGCUUUGGUGUCCGCGAAGCCGACUUCUUUCUAUGCCAAGAAACACCCGGUGUCAAAGCCGGUGCCGCUCAUAUAGCAUUCAGCGCUCAUAGUCGUACGGCUGUUCGCGACUUCUACGCCGCUGCUCUCAAUGCUGGAGGUCGACCCAAUGGAUCACCCGCUACCCGAUGCGAAGAAGAUGGCCACUUCAAUGCUGCUGUACUCGAUCUGGACGGGAACAGCAUUGAAGUCGUGUUCAAGAAUGGGCCUGACAUGAGGGAAGACGGAACCAUAGUCGAGUAUAGUAGGGUCAUCACCUGGACAAGAACAUCCAUCUCCGGAGGCAUUUCAAGCUCUCGCACCACAACUACCACACGACAAACUUCUACUCCCAUGGCGACCGAGACUCUGGUGAAAAUUCCAUCCAUAGCUCAAGCACCCAGCAUGCCCAGGAGUAAUUCUGAACCUGUUGCUGUUCCACAGAUACCGGCAACAAACAACAACAACAACAACAAUAACAACAAUAACAAUAACGGAGUCAACAAAACGCUUUUUGGAACACUCCUAGGUGCUGCAGCAGGUGCAGCAGUAGCAUAUGCCAUGGUACGCAGCGAACGGGACAGCGCAAAGAAAGAAGCGGAGUUCACCGCAUUCAUGGACGCCAAAGAUGCGGCGAGAGCUGCCGCGAACUUCGCUCAGACCGCCACCCAAACCAUGCCCCCUGCGCCAGACCCACAACCCACUUACGCCGCGUCUACAACUGCAAAGUCAGUACACCGCAACAGCGACGCGCAAUCGAAUCGUUCACCCUCGCCGCCGCCCCGGGCACCCACUGUUUACGCUCAACGACAAAUCGACGUUGAGUCGUACCAUUCAACCGAGGUCCCGUUGGCUAGAAGUGUUUACGCACAGCGUCAGAUCGAAGCCCCACCCAGCUAUCACUCACCGUCUUACACUUCAGCGCCCCCUACCGAGAUCGCGGACAAUGAAUCGGAGUAUGUACCUGCCCAGUCUGUCGCGCCAUCAAAGGCACGUUCGCACUUCAGCUCUCACCGCUCAACGACUAGCCCCGAGUUUGUCACUCUGGACCAAGCCACGAACACCACGUCAUCUUCCGACAAGGCCACGAGCACCGUAUCAUCUGGAAAGAAGGCGAGGAGUAGUGGAUCGUCUGCGGACAAGGCGAAUAGUACUGUGUCCUCUGCAUCAACAGCGAAGCCGAAAGAAGCUGAAUAUGUGUCGAAAUCUCGGAGUUCAGGCCAGAGCAUGGCCCCUAGUACACUGAUUUCCUCCUUUGUGGCGGAUCAUGAUCAGGAUCAUGAUUCCAAGAGGAGCAGUGUAGGGAGCGCCCACUCCAGCAGAUCCAAGGCCAGGUCGUCGCAUUCUCACUCUUCGAGGCACCCUAAGCAUAGCAGUAGUCGCAAUCCAACAGUCGAGUCUUCAACCUCGCCCCCGCCACCGCCACCGCUUCCCGUUCUCAAGACACCGCCUAAGGUGCCCUCAAAGACAGCCUCACUCGUGAACCGAGUCUUUGGCCGUGAGCCAAAGCCCGCCACUAGCAAAGACGAGGAUUUCAUCGACGACCUUGAUAUCGAGGAGCUGACCGAAGAUGACUACGACAAUUGCACUGUUGCACCCAGUGACAGCAUCUCCCAGAUUGGCUCUUCUCAUCGUAGCCGCAGGCACCGAAGCAAGCGCAAUGAUGACGAUGACACUGUCGUCAGCAAACAAAGUUCCUCCUCCAAACAAUCCAGGCGCUCGCAUCGCUCCCACAAACAGCGCUCCAACGGCUCCGAGGACUCGAGCGAUGACAAACCAGCACGCCGAAGUACCCGCCCUCCCACCAGCUCCGAGCUGAGUGAAGCGAGCACGGUCAGGCCCGUCAAGGGGGGUAGCCGCAAGGACUCCGUUACGGAUAACAGAUACGAUGGAUUGUUUGACAAGGUGCAGUAUGGAAAUGGUGAUGUGGCGACUAGGGGUAUCACGCCCAGUAUGGUCAGCGCGGCGAACAAGAAUACGAAUCGGACCAUGAUCACGCAUUCGCUAGGACAGAAGAUGAAUCUGUUUGAGUAGGCGGGUAUGUGUUCAGCGUUGUUUAGUGGUGGUUGUCUGUUGGAUGCUUUAUUUGGAUCGUCGCUCAUUGUCUGUUUUUGGGAUUGCAUUGCUCGGCGUUGGUGCGCUUGU